CGUUUUGAUGUCUAUUUGUUCAAGAGGAAUGGAAUUCAUGUAUGUUUGAAUGAUCGUAAUCAAUGAACUACCAAUAAGGUUAACACAUGUUCUGUAAUGAUUAAUCCUACAUUCGAGUGGUGGAAUAUAAUCCCGUGGAUUAGCGAUAACCAAACUUGUAUUCGCUUCUGAUGUGUACUCAUUUUGAGUUUGUUCACGAAGAAAUUGUUGGAAAUCUUCCUCCUUGUUUUUGACGUUUAUGACUUGUUCCCCCUGACUGCCCCAUUGCGUUACUCGGGAAGCUGCUUCCCUGAGUCGUGCUACCAACUGAUCAUGAUCGUCCUUUGCUGUCAUACUCGUGCCAUCGGCUAGUUUUUCCAUUUCGGCCGAUUUCGAGGCUUUACCACUUGAAUGUUCGUCUGCAACUUUGGUCUUCGUGCAAUGCUCUAUCAAGGGCUUCGAGUAGAGCGCGUUAAGAGUGCCAGUGUAGUGAGCAAGGGCUGUACUCGGCGUGACAGAUCUGCUGGGACGAGAUGCGGUCACGGAUGACGAAAACCGACCUCGGCCGGUGGUGGUAGAAGAUGACGUCCUGCUCAAAGCGGAUCUCGAUCGCAUUCUCUGUGCAGCACCUAGAUAUGGUCUAUUUCGAGUCCUUUCCUCAAAUGUCAACCGCUCAAACGGACCUUUCAUAUGUUUCCUGGGAGCUGAGUGUAAAAACACCGCAAUCAGGACGAAAAUUACAAUGAUCAGCAAAGCCACGCCCAUCAACACCAUGUCGCUUGACUCCAUACCACCUGCUUCCACGACUGCUGGCCUAAACUGA